CAAAAGCUCCAAUCGGAAGAAAGAGAUAAAAAAAAAAAGAGAAAAAUGGAGAGAAACACGCCAGUGAGAAACCCUCACACUUCCACCGCCGAUCUGCUUUCCUGGUCGGAAACUCCUCCGCCUGAGCGCUCAACCGCUUCCGCCGCUCGUUCUCACCAGCCGUCCGAUGGAAUCAGCAAGGUUCUCGGCGGCGCUCAGAUCACGGAUGAGGAAGCUCAGUCGCUCAAUAAGCUGAAGAACUGUUCAGGUUACAAGUUAAAAGAGAUGACUGGUAGUGGCAUAUUUACUAAUGAGGCAAAGAACGGAUCUGAAUCCGAUUCUACUGAUCCAAAAACAGGUCUUCGUUACUAUCAGCAAACUCUGAACGGAGUGAGUCAGAUAUCAUUCAGCGCUGACGGGAAAGUCUCCCCGAAGAAACCAACCACUCUAACGGAGGUUGCAAAGCAGAGAGAGCUUAGUGGGAACUUGCUAACCGAGGCGGAGCUAAAGAGCAACAAGCAGAUUUCAAGUGCCAAGAUCGAAGAGAUCAGCGGUCACAACAUCUUCGGACCUCCGCCUGAGAUUCAGCCUCGAUCCUUGGCCGCUGCUCAGCAAGAAGCCAGAGGAAACAGAGACAUGGGAGAGCCUGCACCGAGGAACUUGCGCACUUCUGUAAAAGUUUCCAAUCCUGCAGGAGGACAAAGCAACAUACUGUUCAGUGAGGAACCUGUCGUGAAGACAUCAAAGAAGAUACAUGACCAGAAGUUUCAGGAACUCACAGGAAAUGGUAUUUUCAAAGGCGAUCAAUCUCCUGGAACUGCUGAUAAGCAGCUAAGCUCCGCUAAACUCCGGGAAAUGAGCGGAAACAAUAUAUUCGCAGACGGCAAGUCGGAGUCACGAGACUAUUUCGGCGGCGUGAGGAAGCCUCCGGGAGGUGAGAGCAGCAUUUCAUUGGUCUAA